AUUCUCGUAGGGCAGCCAGUAUGUGACUUGACUGUAGAGCCCCACCCUCAGUUUAAAACAGAAAGCACCGAGGAAGCUGCGGUGAAAGAAGCUUCACCUAACAGACUUAGAGAUUUGAGUUUUGGUGAUACCUCUGUCUUCGUCCACCAUGAGCACUCCGGCCGCUGACAGCAUACCUGGUCCAGCAGAAAGUGAGCAGAAGAAGGGGCCACUGAGGAUCAUGCUUCUUGGAAAAUGUGGUGCAGGCAAGAGCUCGAGUGGGAACACCAUCCUCAAUAAAAUGGUGUUCAGGUCAGAGAUGAAGCUGGGCAGCGUCACUGUUCACUGUGAAAAAGAGUCCGGGGUGGUUGGAGAUAUACCUGUCGAUGUGAUUGACACACCUGGGCUUUUCGAGAGGGGAAGCAACAACGAGGACAUCAUCCGAGAGAUUCUUCAACGCCUGAAACUCCAGGAACCAGGACCCCACGUCUUUGCAUACGUUGUUCCUUUAGGAAGGCUGACUCAGGAAGACCAAGACACCCACACGCUGAUCGAAGCAAAGUUUGGCCCAAGAGUGUGGGACUACACCAUCGUGCUGUUCACCCACGGCGAUCGCCUGGAAGACAACAAAAUAAACAUCAUUACUGAGAGUGACGAGAACCUCCGCAACUUCAUACGCAAGUGUAGCGGUGGCUUCCACGUCUUCAACAACAAAACCCCGGAGGACCAGAAGCAGGUCACAGCUUUUAUGGAGAAGAUCAAGACUCUGGUGACCCUGAAUGAAGGUAGUUACUACAAGACAGAGCUGUAUCCUGAGAAGGAGAGGAAAAUCAGAGAACGACAGGAAAGCAUCCUUAAAGAGAGACAUAAAGAAAUCAGCAAAAAGGAGGAAAAUCUGAGGGAGUGUUACAAGGAUGAAGACCUAAAGAAGAAAAAGACAAACCUGUGGAGACAAGAGGAGGAAAGGGCAAGAAAAGACGCAGAGGAGGAGUUGUGCAGCAAGUCUUACAUCAUGAAGAGCAUCCUGUUACUGGCUGUAUUGUGUCUACUGUUAUGUUGGGAUCUUGGGGUAGCAGCUAAAUGGCUUUGUGGAAUAGGAAUCAUUUUAAUUGUGCUGUCUUUUAAGAUAUUUCCAAUUAUUCCAGGAAAAAUACCAGGUCUUACUAAGAAAAAGAAAUAGAUGAGCUUUUACUUUGUUAGUGAUUUAUCAUUCAAAUGUGUGACAGAUGAUAUAUCUAACUGAUUUAAUUAAUAAAAAUCAUUUUCAUACAAAUUUGUCUGUCCAUAAUUAGAAAAUAUUGUCAUCUGACAUCAUCUCAUUAAUCUCAUAUUUAAUCAGAUAACAGAACUGUAAAAAUGCUAAUGAAAACAGUAUUUAAAGUACUACACAAAAGUCUCGGCCUGCAACUUUUUCUUUAUAUUUUACUAGGGAAAAAAGUAGAUGCAAGGAUUUGUGGCCAUAUACAUGGAAAUACAUUACAGAGUUUGAAAAUGCUAACGAGUUUGAAAGUCAGUAUUUGGUACGACCACCUUUAUUCUUCGACACAGUCUGAACUCGCUUAUGCAGCUUUGUUCUCAUUUCUUUAAGUAGUUUUCACGAAUAGUUCUGCAGGCUUCUUGAAGAAUAUUUAAAGCUGUCUUUGGAUGCUGACUGCUUUUUGUUCUGCCCUCUGUGAAGAUGAUCUCACAUUGCUUCAGUGAUGUUGAUGUCCAGACUCUGGGGAGGUGAGUCCAUGACUGAUAGUGUUUUAUUGAGUUUUUCUAUUCGGGUAUGCUUUUUCUGGCUAUACUUUUAUGCAAGUAAUGGCUGAAUAUAAACUUACAGUGUGCACAAGUGCUCAAUAAGUC